AUGGCGACCCCUGCAUACUGCGGUGGACGCUUCCCAGUUCCCCCUGCCUUCGACUUUGUUUUGUUACCCCUCAAAACCAAGAAAGUCGCUGUUGUAUCCAUAAUUGGGUCUUGGGACAGUCUUACCUGUGGGAGUACUUCGCAGCUUAUUGAAAACUUCCUACAGAAGAGUAUUUUCUCCCUGCCCUGUGGCAAGAGUGUCAUCCAAGGAUUCUAUGACUGCGAGCGCCAGAUCAUUUUUCUGCAAUUUCGAGAUGAAGAACACCUGCUGGAUGAGCUUCUCUCGAAUGCCAAAAAUGCGGAAGAUAUUUUGGCAGAAUGGGAUAUGGAACGGCUGAAAUAUCUCUACUAUCUUUUCCUCGUUUCCCAUCUUAUUCUGGUUGUCACCUAUGGUACAAAUCUUGAUCCCCGGUAUGUCGCGCUUUUCAAACUCCUCAAUCGUAUCAGGCAAGUCUAUCCUUUCUCCUUUAACAAGCCUAGGACAAAGUUGCGGCACUCAGUCGAAACACUGCUUCGUACCUUGCCCCUGCCGCGCUACUGCAUUGCCGCAGGACGCAUUGCCACACCCCGGCUACUAUUCCUCUUCAAAUUGCCGCCGACUAUUUCGGCUCGAAAAUUGGCCGAGGUAAGGGAUUUUUUGUGA